GCUAUAGCACAAGAUAGUGCGCGCACAAAACUGUGCGGUACCACACAAUUGCGCUGUUGCACAAAAUCGUGCGGUUGCACAAAAUCGUGCGGUUGCACAAAAUCGUGCGGUUGCACAAUAUCGUGCGGUUGCACAAAAUCGUGCGGUUGCACAAAAUCGUGCGGUUGCACAAAAUUGUGCGGUUGCACAAAAGUGGUACCACAAUUUUGUUUAGUGUGCAAAUGUGCUCACACAUAUUGAUGUGCUGUGCGUGCGUGGUAGCACUGUGCUACUUGACCCAUCACUACAGCUAUGGUACCAAGGGAUCGAAAAGACGCUUCAGUGCCAUUUUAAAAACACGACGCCUACUGUGGACAAAUUUGCUUUAAAUCUCUUCGUAGAUGGGCUUCCGUUACAUAACAGUGGCCCUACGCAAUUAUGGCCAAUAAUGGCGCAGAUUCACGAGCUUCCGGAGGUGCCUGUCUUGGUGCUAGGCAUUUUCUGUGGUUCGUCGAAACCUGACAACGUGGAGGAUUAUCUUCGUCAAUUGGUAGACGACCUUAAUCGUGUUAUGGACCAAGGAGUCACAAUCAACAAAACAAAAAUUGGAAUUGAUCUUCGUGUUAUCAUCGCCGAUUCUCCCGCCCGAGCGUUCAUAAAAGGUGUGGCGAAUUUCAAUGCAGCGAACGGGUGUAUAAAAUGUAAAAUUGUGGGAAAAAAGGACAAAAAAACCCACAGAAUGGUAUUUGAAGGAACAGCUGAACCGAGGACAAACAAGGAAUUUAGGCAAGGAGAUUAUGAAAUAAGCCAUCAGAAACGACCAACACCGUUAUUAGAUAUUAAGGAUAAAGAUAUUAUUAAGAUCUUAAGCAUAGCAGACGAUUUACACUUACUACAUUUAGGAAUAGCAAAAAAAUUAGGAAAAGGAUAUGCCGAAGGUAGUUUAGCACCGUUUCCGAAGUGGAACGAAGAAGAUAGAGAGGAAAUUUCUAAAAUUCUAGCAAAGACAAAGUUACCUGCAGAGAUAAAUAGGGCAAUGAGGCCACUGAAAUAUUUAGCUUAUUGGAAGGGGUCCGAAUAUCGUACAUUUCUCAAUCAUAUUAGCAUAGCAUUACUUAGAGGUAGAAUUCACGAUGAUGCUUAUCAUCAUUUUAAACUCUUUUAUGUUGCAAUUACAUUGUUUUCCAGCAAUCAUUUUAAAAAUCAUUGGGAUUACGCGGAAGCUCUUUUAAAACAAUUUGUUGAGGAUUUCGGUUUAAUUUAUGGCAAAUCUCACAUUACCAGUAAUGUUCACAAUCUUUUACACAUAGCUGAAGAUGUACGUGAAUUCGGACCCCUUCCAACAAUAUCCUCAUAUCCCUUUGAAAGCCGGUUAAAUUUUCUUAAAAGGCUAGUUAGAACAGGUCAUAGAACGUUAGAACAAAUAGUAUGUAGGUUAACAGAACUUAAUGAGCUAGAAGCAAGUGAAAGCAAGGAGAAAAUGGUUUAUCCAAUUAUUAAACAUAAGAAAGAUGAGGUUAAAUUGUACAUAACAGAUAAAUUUCAAUUAAGGAAAGGUGAUAGGAACGGUUGGUUUUUAACCAAAGAUAAUAAGCUUAUUAGGUAUAGUAGCGUUAAGCAGGUUCCAGGAUCGUAUAUCAUAGAAGGACAUCAAUUAGCAGAAACACAACCAGCAUUUAGUUAUCCGAACCGUUCGGAAGUUAUUUAUAAUUAUAUAGGUAGAGUAUCAGAUAUUCCAACCGACGUAGUUAAAGUAGAUUUAAACAAUGUAAAAGUUAAAUUGGUAGCGGUUUCUGUUGAUGAUGGCGAAUCGUUUUAUUUUAGUCCGCUCAUGCAUACUUUAUUGGAAUAAAACAUAUAUUUA